AUGAGACACGGGACUCCCCGCAGCGCCGUGAGUUGCGGCCAGAUUCCACUCGAACGGAACGAGGAGAGCGGGGUUUCCUCCUACGCGGGGCCGUCGCUGUCCCCAGCCCGGUCGCCGCUGCGACAGCGGCGGGAAGGAAAUCACAGAGUCGCGUUGCGACGGCGUGGCAGCGAGGCGGAUUUGCUUUUCCCCCAUUCACUAUCCAGCCCAGCGCCCGCACCGUUGCCGCCCCGCGGCGUGCCCCACUCCCGGUCUGGGGAGUUUCGCAUCCAGCCAGGCGAUGACGGCAGACUGUCGCCCGUCCACCGCCGACAAUCCACGCGCCUGCCCCGGCCUCCGUCCUCCCAGCCCCUCGGCGCUUCAGGUGCCGCCAGGGGCACCCGCCGCGGCUCUCACGCCCCGCGUCUGUCGCUCGACGAGCAUGCGUUCGUCUCAGCGGCUCUCACGCCUGGCCGAGGCUCCUGUAGCGGCGUCGACCCCGCGAAUUAUUCUUUGUCACCGACGGCGCUCGCCGCCGAGCAGACGUCGCCGUACGGCGCGGCGAUGGAUGUGGUGGCGUCGGCGCGCCAACUGAUGGAGGAGUGCAGCGCGCGCGGUAUUCAAUGGGAACUCGAGGACUGGCAAAAGGCAGAGGGGCCGCGCAAGAGCAACGAGCGAAUGCCGCAGUCGGCCAGCGCGGGGCUUGGCGUGGCGGACAAAACGCAGGCAGAGGCGGUUUCCGCGGGAGGUCGGGCAAAAAAAGCUGGGCGGCAGCGCGCGGCUCGGGGGCAAGUCGUGGCCGGGCGCAACGGCGCUGGCGGCAAGGCUCACCACCGGAUGGUCAGCGUGGACGAGCUGCUGGCCGACACGCGGCAGGCGGGGCUGUCGAACAGAGCUGCUGGCGGCGGCGGUGGUGGCGGUGUGAGGGCCACGGGCGGAUUGAGCACGAAGGUGAACGGCGGCGUCGGCGGAAUUGACCUGCGGUUCUUCCAAGAAUUCGACGACUUGCCGCGGGAGCUGCUGCACGAGAUGCUGGCCGCUAACGCCGACGAGCUUGGCGUUUUCCAGCAGCGAAACGAUCGGAUUGGCGCGAAGAAUCGCGCGCGAGCGGACAAGCGAGCCGCGCCGGGGACGAGUCGACGAGGGGCGAAGGGGAGCAGCGCGAGCGGUAUAUCGCUUUGCAGCAGCUGGGAAGGUCAGGAGGCGGACGUUGGUAGUGACAUGCGGGGGUGGGUAGGAGACGGAAACGUGUUGAUGCCGAAGAUGCGAAACGACAAGGCCGAGGAUAGCGACUUAUACGGCGCGCAGUCCGAAGAGGAUGCGGGCGACGCGGAAAGCGCGCAGACGUUGAGAGAGCAGCUGAUGCCGUCGCAGCAGCCCAUCGCGGGAAAGCCCAUGUUGGGGUCGCGAAUGGCGUCUGAUUCGCACUCCGCUUUCACUCAGCCCAGUCAAGGUUUCCGUUCCGUCACUCCCCCCCGCAACGCGCCUCUGCCGCUCAAACGCCGCGAGUCCCCGCAGUUCCCAAGCUGCGCGUCCGUGCUGUCCUUCCAAUCGUCGUCCCCUCCCUCUUUGUCCGCCAAGGACAGACUUCCGCCCGCCGUGCCCCGUGCUACUUCAAAGCAAAGCGUGUAUCGCACUGGCUCGGUGGUUAAUGAACGCUACGCCGGCUCGAGCCCGACUGCACCCAGCCUUGAUCACGGAAACGCAUCGAGCCUCGGGUACCCUCAAGCGCAAGCUGCUGCCGAACUAGGGACUCCGGUUGGGCCCAAAGCACGAGGGGCUCGGCCAGAACAGCAACAGCCGAGGCACGCGCGCAAGUACAACAGCGGGAGCCAGCUGGACGUGUUCGCGGGGUUCCGCUCGCACUCGCGAACCAGCAGCAGCGGCAGUGUGACAGGAGGAGGCAGCGGAAACUCCACACAGUGGGAAGCGUUCGAGGCGGCGCUUUUGGCGUGUGCGGAAGCAAGUGCAGCAGGUUUCAGCUGGGGUAAUCAACCAGGCUCGGAUGUAGGCACGGGCUUACACGGGCCUAAGUGGGGAAACUUGAGCCUUGGUCUGGGAGGCCUCGAGCUACAAGGCGCCCUCGAGUCAGCCGUGCCAAAUCUGAAGCCGACCGAUUUCGUGCUUCGGAUGCCCUAUGAUGAUAUCAAGGGGCGAUACUCACUGGGGAAGAAGGAGAUUGGAGAAGGCAGGUUCGGAACCAUCCGAACCUGCUUGGAGCGCGCCACAGGGCAGGUGUACGCGUGUAAAACAAUAUUGAAGAAGACCAUUGAGACAAUUGAGGAUGCUGACGAUGUACGAAGGGAGGUAACCUUCCUUGCCAUGCUUCGAGGCCAUCCCUCAGUUAUCACUCUUCAAGAGGUCUUUGAAGACGACAAAGCCAUUCACUUGGUGAUGGAGCUAUGCGCGGGUGGUGAUCUCUUUGACCGAAUCAAAUCGCAAGGUCAAAUCCCGGAGCCAGAUGCUGCUCUUGUGCUGAAGCAGCUCCUGGAAGCCCUGCUCCACUGCCGCUCGCUUGGCAUUCUCCAUCGCGACAUCAAGCCUGAAAACAUCCUCCUUUGUAGCCCCAGCAACAAUGUCCCUAUAAAGCUCAUCGACUUCGGCGUGGCUACAGUUCUCAAGGAAGGUGCAAUGUGCCGGGAAAUGGCGGGAACACCGGAGUACAUGGCACCGGAGGUGCUAGACGAGUGUUACAACUACGAGGCGGAUGUGUGGAGCGCCGGGGUGUCGCUCUAUGUGAUGCUCUCAGGCGUGCCGCCCUUCUGGGAGUCAUCCAAUCGGACGCUAGAGGAGGCGGUCAAGAAGAAGAAGGUGGUGUUCAAGUAUUGGAAGUGGGCGACUGUGUCCGAGGAGGCCAAGGACCUUAUAACGAGGAUGCUGGAGAAAGACCCUCUGGAUCGCAUCACAGCUCGAGAAGUGCUAGCACACCCGUGGAUUCAGAAGCACACCCAAGCAGCACAGUGA